AUGGAGGAAAGUUUUCCGCCAUCAACAGCGGUGGGAACCUUUGGGAACACAGAUAAAGAUUUACACGUUCAACCUGCCCAUUCAUCCGGUUUAACACGUUUGAUUCAUGCUCGUCAAGUUAAUGGCAACAAGGAUGCUUGCAGAAUGUUUACAGGAGGUGACGAUUAUCUCGUUCGUAUCUUGCCUGCUGAACAAUCUAGCAACCUCGAAGAUAUCACAUUGGAAGAAUCUACCAAACCAAUCAGCUGGUUAGACGCCAACGCAGAUCUUCUGGUCGUUUCUAGUGAAGACGGAUACGUUAGAAUCUAUGAAAUUCCUGCUCUGAUCGAACAGCAAAAUGCUGGAAUGGAUCUUUAUUCCACUUCAACAGAGCCAAUCUUGUUGAGCAGAAGUGCAUUGCCAGUUCGUUGUGCAUCAUUGGAGAAAGCAGUAGGAAGUCAAAAGACGCCUAGGAUUGCCGUUUGUACUGAUGAUUUAACGGUAAAGGUAAUCGAUGCUGGUGAUCCAACACGCGUUCAACUGCUUACAGGUCAUCAACGUGGCGUUCGUGCAGCUUCAUGGUCACCGAUCGAGCCUACUCUUGUUACAUCCUCAUGCGAUGGCACAGUGAUGGUGUGGGAUUUGUCCACAUCUGAACCAAAAUUGAUCAAAACUUUGAACGAUGUCAUCGCAUCCGGUAACAAAUACUCGGAAUUGAACGCAGAGGCAAUCUGGCAUCCUUCCGGUGAUUUUUUCUUGUUACCAUCAAAAACACAUGAAAUCGUCGUCUGCUCUGCAAAGAAUGAUUGGCGUACAUUCGAUGCUGGUUUCGUUGUUCCUGAAGGUAGCUCAAUCAAUCCUACUACAGGAGAUGUCUCUUUCAUGGCUUUCAGUCCAAAUGGUCUCUAUCUUGCCGUCGGCACAACGGAUGGCCAAGUGAUCGUUUGGGAUUGGAACAGCAAGAAGCCGAUCACUUCAAAAAGAGCACAAGCCUUGGUAUCUGGGAUCAGCUUCCAUCCUGCACAAGAUGCAUUGGCUUGGAGUGAUUGCGAAGGUCAAAUCACACGUUGGAGCAGAGUGGUAGGACCAAGCAGACAAAGUCCUUUCGAUCUCUCACUUCUAGAAAGAUCAUCAGCUAAGGGUAAGAGUGCCAUGGACGCAGAUUCCCUCUUUGACGCAGACUUCAACGACGAUGACAUUAUGGAACUGGAACGAGAUGAGCCGACAGAAAAUGUGGAAUCGACCUCCAGAUCAAAGAAAGCAAGACGCUCACGUUAUCCAAGUCAUUCUGUUGCGUUCAACGAAACCAAAGCUCAGACAGCAUUCCAACCGACAGCUACACCAAUGCGUAACUCAAGACGUUACUUAGCCUUCAACGCAAUCGGAUCAUUGGUCACUAUCGAUCAAGAAUCGCAUCAGUCCAUCUCAUUUGAGUCAUUUGAUACUGGGGCAAGACGCAACUGGCGUUUCGUUGAUCAUUUCGGAUACAAUAUGGCUUCGAUUGGAGCUCACGGUGCAUUGAUGGCAUAUGGAAAUGAAAAAGAUCGUGGUCAUGCAAGUAACAUUCAUUUCAAGCCAUUUGAAGUUCCAGGAGGUUGGGCGAUUCCGGGAUCGGAGUGGUCAGUCGAUUUACCAAGAGGUGAGCACGUUACUGCUCUUGCAAUGGCAGGUCGUCGAUCGGCUCAAAAAACUGCUGUGGAUAGCUGUACUGCUAUUGCGGCUACUACUGAAGGCUAUCUUCGCUUCUUUACAGGAGCAGGUAUCCAAAAGUACAUUUGGGCAUUCGGCUCACAAGUGAUUUCCAUGGCCGCUGGUAACAGAUUUGCCUUGAUCAUUCAUCGUAACGGCGCAGCGGCAGAUUAUCAUCAGAACAUGCUCUUCACCUUGAUCGAUGUCAGCUCCCUCGAGAUUCGUCAACAAGGUGUUCUGCCUUUGGUAAACGGAGCAACAUUAACCUGGCUCGGAUUCAACGAUUUAGACAUGCCGGCCAUCUUUGACAGCCGUGGCGUAUUGUACUUCCUUGAUCGCGCUCUCUCUUUAUCUGGUCAAGCAAGAUGGUCACCCGCUCUCGAUACGAGACAAAUGAAGAAAGACGGCAGAAGGGUGUUUGAAGACGGCGUACGUGGAAUGAGAUAUUGGCCUGUUGGAUUGGAUGGAACAAAUUUGCUAGCCAUCCUGUUGAAAGGUCAACAAUACCCAGAUGCAAGUGCGACAAGCCGUCCUUUGAUUCAAGAAGUACCCUUCAGCAUGCCAGUGAUCAACCCUUCCACUCCUGCGGGUGCGUUAGAAGAACAAGUUUUACGUCAAAAUCAAUUGGCUGCCUUUUCACGAGCAUUCCGUUCUUCUCUUCUACCGGAAGAGGAAGAUGAUGAAUAUUAUCUCGACGUUCUCGAACAACCGUUGGCAAAAGCUGCUGCAAUGGAACAUGAAUCAGAUAAGGCUUUGUUGCAAUUGAUUCAACUAGCAUGCAAAUCUGAUCAACACCAACGUGCCUUAGAUGCUGCCCGUGAAUUGCACACCAGCAGAACGCUUGAAGCCGCAUUGCAGAUCGGAGCAUUCUUCCAUCAAAGCAGCUUGAUCGAUCGAAUGAACAGCUUACGCGGCUGGAUUGCCGAAAGACGUGAACGUGAUGAUCGUACCAUGGGCGGUGUUCCAUUCAUCACCGCUUACAAUGACGGUCAAACAUCACAUGCUCCUCCUUCUUCCCGCGUUUUGGUGGCCGGCAGUCCGAGUCCUGCGAUGUUGGAUGGAAGUGCUGAUCGUGUAAGAGCAAAACAGGCAUUAGGACGUGAUUUCAGCAAUGGAACAAACGGUCAUAGAUCUUUCGGCGCUGGAAGAACAUCCGAUUUGGCCAAAUUGGGUCAACAGCCAAACAAUUCAUGGAAUGUCAGUCCAAGUACAGCAGCAGCAUCAACUGCACCUCCGCCUUCAUCUUCUAUCGUACAUGAUGACGAAGCUAGCCGUGGCAGUCCAGUUGCAACACGCAAACGUACUACAUCCGAAUCUGAAGAAGAUGGAUACGAUUCAGGCUCAAAUAAACGAGGAAAAGAAUCUGCUGCAACAUCGCCCUUUGCAAACAAGACGAAUAACUCUUUCGCAAAGCCUCAAGCUGCUGCUUCUUCCAAUAAAACUGCCAAGAAUCCCUUCGCUCGUACAGCAGGAAUGAGCCGCGAUAAGAGUAUGCAUAAGAGCAACUCUUUCUUCGAUCGUGUAGAGAAUGUCACUCAACAAGCAAACGCAAAUGCGAAACCACCUUCAAGACAAUCAAGCAUGGGAAAGACCAAACAAACCACUUUGUUUGGAAUCACGAGAACGAGUAAGCCAAAAUCAACACCUACUGCAACUCCCGCUUUCGGCGAUCAAGAGAGUCAACAAUCUGACAACGGAUUUGGAUCUGAGGAGAGUUUGCGUCUAACUUUAAGUUCAGCACAGCAACGCGACGAAGAAAGUCAAGUUCGUUUAGAGGAAACACAGUUUAGUGCCGAUGGUAACGAAGAAGACGAUGAAAGUCAACAGCGCUUCGAUGCUGAACAUCACCGUGCUGCUUCCUCUUCCAUUCCCGUUGCCUGA